CAGAGAACACACAUUGAAUAUAAAUGACAGAAGAGACUGGGGGAAAAUGGGAAGUUUUUUUUAACGCAGUGAGUUGUUAACAUCUGGAAUGGACUGGCUGAAAGGAUGAAUCGAUAGCAAAAUGGUACUUGGGAACACUAUCCAACAGGAUUUCAAUCUGUCUGGCUAGCUGCAGGGCAUCCACGCAAGAAAACUAACUAAUCCAGAUAUCAGCUCGUAGACACAGGCCAUGUUUCCACAGCACUGUGGCCUACAAGCCAGAGGGGAGAGAGAUGAAGGCAAUACAGGAUGAAAACAACACAUACGGACCAAAUACUGAACUACAGGAGCAACCAUCCCAACACCCACAAACGAAGCUGCAUUAGAACAUUAUUCCAACGAGCCACCACACACUGCAGCACAGAGGAACUACGCAGAGCAGAGGAAAAUCACCUAUACAGCGUAUUCAAAAAGAACGGGUACCCAAUGAACACAGUCCGCCGAUUUCUCAGCAAUAAACCCAAACAAACAGACAAAACGGGCUCAGAAACCAUAACCGCUCUCCCCUACAUCAAAGACAUUUCCAAAAUGACUGCCAGACUACUCGGACCUCUUGGCAUCAGGGUAGCUCACAAACCCACCAAUACACUAAAACAGCAGCUAAUGAACUUAAAAGACCCUAUACAGACAACAAAUAAAACGAACGUCAUGUACAAAAUACCUUGCAAGAACUGUGACAAACACUACAUUGGACAAACUGGCAGGAAGCUAUCCACCAGGAUACAUGAACAUCAACUAGCCACAAAACGACAUGACCCACUAUCACUCGUAUCCUUACAUAUAGAUGAGGAAGGACACGACUUUGAUUGGGACAACACAUCCAUCCUAGGACAAGCCAAACAGAGACACGCAUGAGAAUUCCUAGAAGCAUGGCAUUCCAACCGGAACUCCCUCAACAAACACAUUGAUUUGGAGCCAAUCUACCAUCCCCUGAGAAAAAGAACAGGAAAUGACAUCACCAACACAGGAAAUGACAUCACCA